GUUUUGACAUUGCAUUGCGUAAAUUAUUUUCAAAUUUGACUAGGCUUUUUCUAAAUUAUGUGUUGUUUAUUUUAAAUAGAAUAAAACUAUUACAUGGCCAUACAAAUUGACAAAAAACAAGUCAGCUAUGAGCCAGCGAUAGUAAAAAUAUACCUAGUAAUAUUUGCAAUAAAAUCGCUUAAAAUGAACAAAAAAGUUCUGGAUCCAAUUCUGUUUUACUGAUUAUGUCGAUUUAGAAAUUGUAUAAAUUUGAAGAUGAUUAAGAACACGUGUUAUUUGUUAUUUUUAAUGUGUUGUUAUUCUGGAGUAUGGGCUCAGUUUUAUGAGGAUCAAAGAUGCCGCUGUGUUUGUCCCAGUCCAGCUUCUGUUUUUAACAACACCCAGAGUAUAUUGACAGAUAUAAAACUUUAUAGUGCAUAUGUGCCUCCAAGUAAAUGUAACUGUGGUGGUGUUGUUUUGCCACAUCUAAGUGAUGAAAUUGGGGACAAUGCACAAGUAUUUUGUCCAAGGUGUGAUUGCAAAUAUGAAUCUAGAAAUACAACUAUUAUAAUGGUUGUUGUUAUAAUAGUUUUAUGGAUCUUAAUGUUACUUUCUGCUUAUUUACUAUUUUUAAUCAUCCUUGAUCCGUUAUUAACAAGGAAACAACAAACAAUUUAUAUAGAUGUAAAUCCUGCUGAUGAAGCUCAAAUUUCCUUAAUGAAUGGUGAGGAACCAGAAGACUAAUUAAGAAUUUAAGAAUAUUAUGUGGAUGUGAUAUUUAAUGUGAGAAUAUUUUUGUUAUAAAAGAUAUAAUCUAGUUAUGUAAGAUGUUUUCUAUUUUUUUAAUUUUUAUAUAAAAUAUUUAAAAAAUAAAUAUUUUUCAACUGUUACAAUGUUAAUGUAAGCUUAAAAAUUAAAAUGUUACUAUUUGGUACAACUACCAUAACAGAAUAUAAUAAUAAAUAUCUAAAUUCUUGCAAAUG